CAAAAAAAAUAGUUAUCAAAUUUCCACAAAACAUAUUAAAAUUUCUGUAUUUCAAGAUGGAUACGCCUAAGAAAACUAGGAAUUUCAGAAAAAUAAUAGAAGCCCUAGCCAAGGGAGACAUAUCAACUAUUCUUGAGUACUCAUCACCGGAAAUGGAUGAAGCCUUGCCCGAUACGGCAUUCGUUGUGAAUUUAAAAGAUUAUGAAUCUGAUUUCGUUCUUGAUUCAAGGUCAUUUUGCUAUGGCCCACCUGCCUCAAGGGCGGCAGGUCAGCCCAAACCAGUUACAAAUUCGAUACCGGUGGAAGGAACUCAACAGUCGCGUGAAGUUUUAGAUGAUGAUUUAAAUUUAGAUCUCUUGUUUCACACUGAUUCAGAAGUCCAAGCACUUGCAGAAAAGAACCCAGGAGGAAGUACACAGAAGAGUUCACUAAAAACAAAAGGAAGAUCAACCGGUCUAUAUUUAAAACGGUCAGUUGCGGAGUGUUACGAGGAGGCCACACUUGGCGACAUUUUGUGGGAGUAGUUCAACUACGGAUAUACAGCUGAAGUUUGAAAAUUCUUAUUUACUUUGAACUUUAAAAAAACUAUUAAAAAACGUGUUUUAGUGGGGACAUCUUUUCGAAAUAUGGACACAAAAAAUAGAAAAAUUUAAAAACAAUCACAAUGUCUUCACCUAUAAGAAUUGGAACAUAAAGUCGAAUGAUUUGGGUUUUUUGUAUUAAUCUACACUAACAACGCAAAGAAGUGAAGGUGAUACCAUAUAUUUCACUAUCAGAAACUUCAGAAAAGGCGGUUUUUGCACUAGAACUAUUAUUUCCCUAUUAAAAAUUAAAAGUUUUUGUUUGAAAUUGAAAUAUAUUUUGUAUUACAUUUUAAAACGGACGUUUC